AUGGAGAAGGUGGCAGGGGAGAGCGUGCGCUUGUUAGAUAAGCCUGCGGUGGCGGCAGCAGCGGGCAGCCCCAACCUCUCCUCGGCGGGGGCCGUCUUCAUUAUGCUGAAAUCUGCCCUUGGAGCAGGGCUGCUCAAUUUCCCCUGGGCAUUCAACAAAGCUGGCGGGAUCGCACCGGCCGUUCUCGUGGAGCUGGGCUCGUUAGUCUUCCUCGUCAGUGGGCUGGCAGUGCUGGGCUAUGCUUCAUCCCUCAGCACGCAGUCCACGUACCAAGGUGUCAUCCGGGAGGUCUGUGGCACGGCAGUGGGGAAGCUCUGCGAGGUCUGCUUCAUCCUCAACCUCUUCAUGAUCUCCGUGGCCUUUCUCAGGGUUGUAGGUGACCAACUGGAGAAACUGUGUGACUCCUUCUACCCCAACGGCACGCUGAGCGGAGAGGGACCGUCGCUGCAGCACUGGUACGCUGACCAGCGCUUCACGCUCUCGGCUCUCUGCGUCCUUGUGAUCUUCCCUCUCUCCGUCCCCAAGGAGAUCGGCUUCCAGAAGUACUCCAGCAUCCUGGGCACAUUGGCUGCCUGCUACCUCACCCUUGUCAUUGUCAUAAAGUACCACCUGCAAGCGGAGAGCCUCGGCCUACGCGAGCCCCCCCAUCCCUCCAGGGCUUCCUCCUGGGCCUCCAUGUUCAGCGUCAUCCCUACCAUCUGUUUUGGGUUUCAGUGCCACGAGGCCUGUGUGGCCAUCUACAGCAGCAUGCGCAACCAGAAUUUCUCCCACUGGGUCGCCGUCUCUGUGCUCUCCAUGCUCAUCUGCCUGCUCAUUUACUCCCUCACAGGGCUGUAUGGUUACCUGACCUUUGGUGAGGACGUGGCGGCUGACAUCCUGAUGUCCUACCCGGGGAACGACGCAGUUGUCAUUGUCGCCCGCCUGCUCUUUGGCAUCUCCAUCGUGACCAUCUACCCCAUCGUCGUGCUGCUGGGCAGGUCUGUUGUCCGGGACGUGUGGGUGAACCCCAAGCGCAGGGCUGUGCUGGUGGCAGAGGUGCAUGAGCGUCGGACCCGGGUGGCACUGACCAUCUCAUGGAUCGCAGCAACACUUGCCAUCGCUUUGUUCGUCCCCGAUAUUGGCAAGGUCAUCGGGCUCAUCGGGGGCAUCAGUGCAUUCUUCAUCUUCAUCUUCCCAGGGCUGUGCUUGGUGUGCAUGAUGGGAACCGAAGCCGUCGGGCCAAGGAAGAGAGAUGUGGUCGGCCAAGAGGUGUGGGGCUGCCAGCUGAGAAACGGAGGCAUUUCUAGCGGAGGUGAUGGGUGACAGCAGACCUUCCUCCACGUGGGAUAAGGGCUGGAGGUGCCCAUCUACCAGGCAGACCAAGCACCUUGGGAACCUCCUCACUUGCCCCUGCCCACCCUUGGGACAUUUGGGAGAAUUUGUGAAGGCUCAGCUGCCUCUUGGACUGCCACACUUUGCAACUCACCCCCGUUGGAUGCAGACAACCCCUGUAAUGGAGGAGCACCGCGGGUUGAGGACCACGAGGCGAGCGGGAGAGGCCCUGCGCCAAGCCACUGCCACCAAGAAAGGCUGGAGCAGC